CACACAUUGAUCUCAGAGGGAUAUUCCAGGAGCAGUCAAGAGGAUUUUCACAAAAUUCACAAUUUAAAUGUAAGUGAUUGUUACUAUGGGUUUAAUGGUGUGAUGAGAAGCUCGCUGUGCCUUUAAAAGUCUUGUUCAAGACAGUCAGAGACUCCAGGAGAAUAUCAAGUACCUCAGAUUUGAAAUACAGACUCUGGGCAGCAAGAGGUCUGAUAUGAAACCGGUGGUUAUAAAUAUGCUGUUCAGACAAAGCUAGGAUGAUCAGUUUUGCUUUUCUUUUCCAUUUGUACUGAAACAGAAGACACGUUGAUAUCAGUCGUUGGACAUAUUUGAAUGGCACAUAGGCUGACUCAGUAGAAUUUGUGAUAAGCAAAGUUUGUGUUCGCAUAUCAGUCCAUCAAAAAGCUACAAGUUGCUAUCUGCAAAUACAGAAUCGAAGAUAUGAGUGUAAAGUUAUUCUCUGUAACAUUUUCACCUGCAGUAAAACUCAUUUGAGAGAAAGAGAGAGUCCAACACAAACUUUCCCACAGAGUAGCUUUACAGUGCUUAUUAAUGACAAAGUAAACUUGUUCCUCUGCUUACCUAGCUUUACAGGCGUGUUAGAUACGACAGAAAAAACACCCUCUCUGUAAAUGACAACCGGGAGUGUUUGAAAUAUUACUUGUGUCUCUCUUGCUGUAAUGUAUAUGUUUGUUUUCAUCUGGUUGGAUUUGAAAGGAUUUAUAAUGUUGGCUACGACAGAAUUAUUUGAUCAGCUUAAAUGUCAGUGUGUGAAUAUGUGUGAAAACUGGAAUAGAGGUGUUUUAAGUUAAACAAACAAAAGGGUUUUCCUCUCAGUUUUUGUAGACUUCUCUUAAAAGUUUGUAACUAACGUUUUACUUUGGCUUUACAACUUCAACAAGAGCUGAGUUUCACUGAAACGUAUUUAAAGAUUGAUAUACUUAAAUGCCACAAAGGCCGUUUACGCCUCCAUGAAAAACAGAUUAGUUUUAUUACUCCACCUUAACUUCGAGCUGCAUUACAGGUGCAGCAAUGACGUUCAGCCCUUGGCCAUGCACUGCCUGUCUGUUGUGCCUUCAAAUGUGAACAGGUUGAGUUUUUGUAAACGAUGAGUCAGUUCACAUGAUGAGGCUUGUUAGGAUUUAUUCUGUCAAACAACAGGUUUAUAACAUUAUAGAAAGAGUUACAGACUUUGCAUCCUCGUGUUUUCACUCUUAACACAAAUAUAGGCCACUUAAGGGACAACCUACUUGUGUAUAUACAGGUGUGAUUGUGUGUACCUACUGUGGUACACAAUCCUUUGGUAAACAAAUACAGGUCCUUUACAAACGCAACACAAAGUCAUGUGAAGCUACUGAAAAACAAGGUAAUAACUGAACGCCUGUCUGCUAAACAACAACCAAACAUGUUUUCCUCACAUUCAGCGCUGUUUAUCUAGAGUUAACUCCUGACUACUUUAAUUAUGUACCAAAACAACUUGUCUCUUGGUUGUUUUUAAUGUAUCUUCAAAUUCCAACCAGCCGUCUAGCAAAACGGUAAUUAACUAUCAAUAAAAGACAGAACUGACCUCAUUGUAUCUAAAACAGCCGAACAGAGUCUGAAACCGUCAGAUUGGUUUGUUGAAUGUGCCUACAGUUAGCAGAUCUAGCACCACCAGUCCAGUCCUUCUUGCAGGUUAAUGUCCACAUACCUGAGCAGGUCACUUAGAUCUUUUGAGUUAUCAGGCACAGUCUACAUACAACUCAUCUCCAGUGUUUCAAUGAAAUUACUGCGCUUCACCACGAGAUGCCGUCUGUUCUUGUUCACAUACAGGUAGAUCAGCAGAACAGCAUAAUGGUAGUCACUACUGAUCAGAUCUCCAGAUCUAGGUUACACAGAAUAUAUGACCGUCAUUUCAGGCUAAUAAUUAUGUAAAUAUUAAAAGCUCAUGGAACAGAAUAGUAAUUCUGGUGCCGACUAGUGAGGGUGGCAAUGUUGAACUGCCUGGUUGACUUAACGUACAUAUCCCUAUUUAAUAUACGAUAAAUCUGGUGAGUAUGUGGGAUCACCUAUGUCUGAUAUUCACUGGAUUGAUUACAGAGUGUUUAUCAGACUGUUCUCAAGUUACUUAUUUAUCGCACAUAAAGGCUUUACACUGUUAUUCUGGGAAACUGCCAGCCAGCUAUUCAUUAAUCGGCACAUAGCUCCUGUUUUGAUUCCCAGGAAACUUCCGGUGUAAUAUCCAGAUAAUAUUUCCGUAUUGAACAUGUUUUUUAACUGUUUAAUCUUCCUGCUGUUUGCACUGUGGUUGUGUUAAAGAUUGUGGUUAGGUUUACAUAAUCUACACAGCCGUGCCUGCUCUUCAUUAGGCCCAACAGGAGCCAGUUUAACCAGAUUCUCUACCCUCUUACAGACUUUGGUUGGUGAUCCUCUUACAUCAUUUUAUUAAACGCUAUUAUCUCUGACAGGUUCAACUAAAAAAAUCCCAGAGGGAUGGAGUCUUCAGAGUUUUCCGGACUGUCAUCCUUAAGAGGGGAGUUUAAAUCCGAGGAUUACAUCCAACCUCACUACAGGGAGUCUUAUCGGUUGGCCAUCGAUCGCCUGGUGAGCGGCGGCAGAGACAGUUACCAGGAGUUCCUCAAGGGAGAACGGAUCGGAAGCUUUUUGUCGGAGGAUGAAAUCCUCUUUAUCACUGAAUAUGCUGAACAGCCUCCUCCACAGAACCAGGAUGAAGAAAUCGAUGGUUCAACAGACACACAGUCAUCCUCAGGGACGUACUGGCCCGUCCACUCGGAUGUAGAAACACCAGAUUUGGACUUAGGGUGGCCGGAGGUCAUGCAUGAAAAUCUACAGACUAAUAUAGAUAUGCUCUAUCAUCCAGCAAGACAAAACAACCCCACCAUCAAAGAGGUGAUCCGGAAGCAAAUCCAUGAUGCAAGACAGGUAAUCAAAACGGCAAAUGACCAUAAGCUGAGAUGUUAGGUGUUCGUUCUCUCAGUAAAGCGGCUGAGGCGCUCUGUUUUUCUGCCUCAUUUAAAGAGCGCUCAGGACUGGUCUGUCAUGUUUUAAAAGAAGCUUACGAAAGUUUUGAUCUUCCUCAUUUCCAGUCAUGAGGAGUGUCUAACGGGGUUGUUGAGGUCACAAUCUGGUUUUACAACUCAGCAGUAUUAGAAGAAACUGCAGGAACCCCCAUGUGUACAGUCAUAUUUUUCACACAGUGACUCAGUCACUUCUCAUUUUGUGUCUGUGUGAUUCAUAAAGUGGUUUUGAAGCUCAAAAUGAUUGUGGUUAGUAGAGAAUUAGUAUUCUGUUUCACUGUGACAACCUUUUACAGGUCCAACAGCUCCUAAUUAAAUCCAAUUACACAGAAAAAGACCGACUGGAAAGGUCUGCUGAAAACAAAAGUACAGGGCCCCAUCUCCUUUUACAGCUUACAGAGAGCCAAUUACACCCUAUCCUCUUUCCCUAUAAUAACAACCACUGCUGUGUGAAGUCAUCCAAAAAGCAGAUAAAGGAGUGAAACAGCAUGUAACGUCUCGUGUUUGCUAGAAACAGAUAUUUUUAGUAAACAAACACGCAUUCAUUAUUCGAAAUCAUGAACAUUUUCAUGUCUCAUUUGAGUAACAGACACCUCCUUAAUAAGAAUUUAAAAGGAAAGAUAUUGCUCUAAACACAAUGAAAUAUCACAGGAUGUGAGUUUAUUAGAGCUCACUGUGUGAAUGUUGACGCUAAGAACAUUUGGUUCUUUGAAAUCAGGAGAAACUUUCAUUGCAGCCUCAAGUAGAGCUGAACAAGUUAUGAGAAUAAAUGUUAUCACAUUGUCUUUAUUAUAAUUGCCAGACUGUUCUCUCACGUCUUCUUUCAUUAUCUACUAAAACAUACUUCACACAUAAGUAAGACUGUAAUUGUCUUAUAUUACUGUGGCCUUGGCAACCCUACUGACUACGGUUCAUUUUUUCCUGCAGGUCAUCGGCAUCGUGAUGGACGUGUUCACUGACGUCGAUAUAUUCAAAGAAGCUGUGGACGCAUCAUUACGAGGGGUCCCUGUCUACAUUCUUUUGGAUCAUUACCACCUGAAAAGUUUCCUCACUAUGGCUGAAAAUCAAGAUGUAAAAAUACAGCAGCUCAGAGUGAGUCCGGAUUUACAACAUCUAUAUGACUUUUUUUGUUUUUUUAUUUUAGUGAUUUUUAUUUUGAAGAACGGAUUUUCAUUUUUGAAAACUUUGUUGUCGUUUACAGUUGAUUCACCCACUUAAACUACAGGUUACACUGAUGGUAGUGAAUGCCAUGUAAGGCACCCAUCAGUUUUUAGAUAAUCCCAUUCAUACCUGACUAGGUGCAGCCAGACAGGACAGGUUAGGGUCAAAAGUUUUGCCCGAGGUCGCUUCCGCAUGGAAUCUAACCCAUGACCUCUUAGUUUGUACCUCAUUAUGGGUGAACAAAUAUUUGAAAAAGUUCAGAUUGAAGCUCCUCUGAAGAAAAUUUGCUAAGAAUGUGGGGGGUUUUGUCAUCUCCAGCACAAAAUAUAAUUAGGGUACAAUGGAGACAAGACCCAAUACCAGUACUGGAUGGCCAUGAUCUCCAGGUCCUCAGUACAGCAUUAAAAGCAGAUGUGGCCCUGUAGUGGAAAUCACUACACAGGUUCAAAAUAGGAACUAAAAAAAAGUAAGAUAUUUAGGAGUAUGAGUAGGAAUAUGUACAGCUAUUAAAUAAAUAGUUGCAUAAAAUAUGUAUAUACCGAUACAGUGGAGUGUGAUUAGUCUUAGAUGCUUUUCAGUGCACAGUUCAAAAGCCUGCAGCUAUGAUGGUAAAGGGAUGCACAAGUGCUCAUGGCAUGAACAGCUUGCACUUCCAAGAAGGCACCAUUAAUGUUGAACAAUGUAUAGGCUUUGAAGCAACAUCUGCUGCCAUCCAGAUGAUAUAAUUUUCAGGGCAGACCUUACAUAUGCCACACCACAUUUUCUGCUUAUAACAUCUGCAUGGCUCUGCAGUAGAAAAAGUCUGGGGUACAAACUUGCCUGCUUGCAGUCCCCAUUUGUCACGAGUUGAAACAUUUGGUGCAUUGUUCAAUGAAAAAAUACAAAAAGGGAGUCCUUUAAACUGCAGAGCGGCCGGAUCAGGUGAAAAUGUGACAUUUUGCUGUCAAAAUUCCAGGAACUGGCCUCUUUGUUAAAUGUUUACUGUGUCAUUAAGAGCAGGGGGGAUGCAACACGAAGGUAAACAUGCACCUGACCCAAGUUUUUGAAAAAAAGUGUUUAUUUUUUCAUAAAUCAAUCAAAAUGUUUAUUUUUAAUAGUUGAUGUCUUUGCACUAUUUGAAUUUAAAUAUAAAACGUAAGUUAUUUGCAAACCACUGAAAAAUUAAAGCUUAUUUUACAGUAACUCAGCUUUUUACACAGUGGGGUUGUACAUGAAAUAUUCAGGUGUUUUGUGCUCAGGUUGUUAUAACAUGUCAAACUCACAAAGCUGACACUUUUUGAAAGCUAUAAUUUCAAGGCGACAAACCAAAAGAAAACAAAUACAUCUGACACUUUUUGCUGGGGAUGAGAUGACAAGGCUGAGAUGGUCUUUUUUCUUGGAAUUUCCUCAGACCAUUUUUAAUAGAGGAUAGCAAAUAGAGUAGGACACCAGAGAAAGCGAUAGUGGGGAAUGAUAUGGUGCAAAAAAGCCAAAGGUUGGAUCCACAGCUGUCCAUUUGAGGACUGCAGCUUCUGAAUAUGGGGCAAGCAUUUCAACCACUGUUUUAGCCUACUGACCCUUUAUAUUGAUCAUAUGUCUGUACAGCAAGGAGCUGUUGGCUUAACAACUGCAAACAGGGGGAUAUAGUUUGCUGCAUUUGCACCAGGCAUCGCCAAAACUUUAUUAUAUUAGAUUAUAUUGGAUUAGAUUGCACUGGGUCAUUGCACAUGUACUAAGCCAUAGCAAUGGAGUGUCUAACAAGAGGUGCAAGCAAGGUUGAAGUAACGUGCAAAGCAAGUGUAGAGUGACAAAGAGAAGUGACAGACAACUUUACUGGUGAUGACUGACAGAUAGCAUCUUUGGUCUCUAUUAGUCUUUAUAAUAGAGCUGACAAAAGUCUUCAGUGUAAUCAAAACCUGGUUCUUCCUGUUUUGGGUGGGUCAUAACUAUUUAUCUGGGCAAGAGACAUAUGAAGUUCAAACACACCCUGUCCAUUAAGUACACAUCACAUGCCAUCACCAGCAACUACAGCAGCUCCACAAACGCUAAACAAAUCCUCAAGACUGAUUCAACCUGCACACAACAUCUUCUUUUCGGGAUUUUUUGACAUGACUGACAUACUUGUUACCUUCUGCUGUGAUAUCUGCUCUUUAAUUUUCCUGUCAAUGCUCUGUUCACAGAACAUGAGGGUGCGCACUGUGAAGGGCCAGGAUUACCUCUGUCAAUCAGGAGCUAAAUUUCAUGGGGCAAUGGAGCAGAGGUUUCUCUUGGCUGACUGCCACACAGCCAUUUAUGGCUCAUACAGGUAAAUAAAACUGAAGUACAAGAGUUCACUGGGGUGAGCUGGAAGUUGAAUGCAUUUAGUUGGCAAAGUCUGCUUUUACAUCUCCAUAAAAUGUCUGUGCAUCAAUGUCUUUAUGGUAGUUUUUUACUGCUGAACUUUUUAAAAAAGUCACAUCAAUAAGAUAUUUCUAUGUAAUAGUAAACACGGCAAUGACCUAAAAAUAAAAGACCCCAAGAGUAAGCUUUUAAAAUAUCUAUUAUGAUUUUGCAUCAAACCCCAAACUUGAAGCUCAAACUUGGUAUUGAAGAGAUAUUCCGAUGUAAAAUUAAUUUAAGGUCAAACACACCAUAACACCGAGUUAGACUUCCCACCGAGAGAUGAAUGUUGCCGACCGCUUGCUUCUCUAGAUACCAACUUUUGUAACGACCGCACGAUAGCAAUACACGGCGGUCUGAGGAGCCAUAAACAAACCUCAACCAAAACGCCACUCUAUAGACACAAAUAAUGCUCAGAACAGCACCUAACUUCGUCAACAGUACAUAUAGGGUCCCAGCCAUAGCACUAGACACCAAACAUCUUUUUUAGCUUUGCCUAAUUUCUUUAGAAAAGAGAUUAAACACGACUCACCUACUCUCUUCCAGCAGCUGCUUGUGUGUAGUGAGACCUCGGGACAGUCCAUUACGGACUGCUGUGGGGUGAGGCAGAUCAAGGAAGAACAUUUAUGAUCAUUUCUUCAUGGAAAUACAAUCAGACUGAGACACUAAGGCAGAAGAACUACCCCGUCUGCAGUGCAAAAUGAUCAAUAUGGUAAUUAUUACUCAAAGGAAAUGAUAAAGUAAUGAUGAAAAGCAAGCGGUCGGCAACAUUUGUCUCUCGAGGGGGUGUCUAACUCUGUGUUAUGGUGUGUUUGACUCUAAAUUAAUUUUACGCCCUUUUAAGUUCGUUUCAACAAGAAGAAAGUCGUAUUACAAAAAAGAAAAUCAUAUAAAGUCUUUCUUACUGUAAACUGAUGGAUGUUUGUUUUCUGUUUGCAGCUUCGCUUGGUCUUUUGAAAAGAUCAAUCUGAGCAUGGUGCAGGUCAUCACAGGACAUCUGGUGAAGUCUUACGAUGAGGAGUUUCGAACUCUCUACGCUCGUUCAACCGUCCCUGUCGAACUGAUCCCCGAGUCACUCCAACGCAACGGCUCAUUCGGACGACCCGUUUUGCAUUCUGCCCAGAAAAUUGAGCGCAGAGACCAGCUGAGACAUACACUGGACACAGUCUACAGAAAGACCUGCGAAAGGAAGCUGGGCACGAGAGACUUUGAAGAGAGGCUCUUUGAAGAGGACGCCAACAAGCUCGGGCCUUUGAUUGAGAAUGGGAUCAGUGGUCCGAACCAGAUGCCUCAGUUUCAGUCCACAGAGGCCAUGGACUUUUUGAAAAGGCACAGCUAUGCAGGGGAGAGACAAGAUGGAUAUGUGCCUCAGAAUAUCAGGCCUAGAGCGAGCAACUGGAAUGUCUCGAGAGAGGCAGGAAAUGGAAUAAACAACUACGCAAAGGACAAUUAUUUGCACGGGCCGCAGAUAUUCAGGGGUCAAAACAUUCGUCAGUCUUACAACGGCAACGACAAACAAAUUGUGUCCAUGCAACAGCACAUGCCGUCACUGGAGAAUACAUCAAAGUCAUUCAUGCGCACUUUGAGGAUCGAGUCCUACCUCAAGAACCCAGACGUCCCACUCGGGGACUCUUGUGACCAUUUAGACCAGCAUGAAGCAAUGGACAAACCUAGCUCAUACAUGCAGGGAAGAAUGAGGAAUUCCCUUGCUUACAGGUCCGCCCUGCCAGAGCAAAUGGACCCAAACAGACAUAUCAACAACUCCUCCACUCAUGUCAGCACCCCAGCAGCACAAAACACUCCUUUGCACUACUCAUCGAUGCAGUGGAAUCCCACAUCAGCAGAUAAACGAAUGAAUCAUGAUGAGUUCAUGUUAAAGAGGCAAAGUUUGCAGGUUUUGGAUGAUAAUCGGAAUAACUCCAGCUUUGUUCCAGGUAGGAACAACUCUUACCAGUCUGUGUAUACUAGUCUCAACAGACCUAAGGGUGGACACAUGAUGACAAACCCUGAUACCCUGGCUGACAACUGGAAGAGGCACAGCGUGGCAGAUCCGAGAUCAAACACAGAGUACAGACACGAACCCUCCCCUCAUGUGUACGGAGCUUAUACAAGGAUGCAAGCAAACAGAAGCACGACAGGGAUCAAUGCUCAAAAUGGUGGAUAUGUACCAAAUCUGAAGGAGGAUCAGAGGUCUUUGUCUCAUUACGAUGUCAAGAGCAUCACAAGUACUAAAACCCCCAGUACUCCCAAGUGGCAGGAGCCGCCAUCAAGGACUGUGUCUGCAGCAGCUCUGGAUAUGAACAGCAAAGAUUUAACAGACAAAUCCCACAGCACCAGCUCUCAUCAUUUCCUGAAGAAGAGCACAAAGAAAAUAAAAUCCCUGUUGCACAUACCAGAGAAAAAAGAGGGUUCGAUGAGUAACUUUGACACGCAGAGUUGGAAGUCAGGUACAAGCACAGACACUAUAACGGCCUUAGAUGACGAUGUGUCACAGGGAGGGGACAAACGUCACCACAGCACAACCAGCUCUGUCAGGUCCUCUUCGGGGCACCAGAGACAGCUGCUAGAAGACAACCACUUGAAGACUUCAAAACCUCGAUUUGGGACCGAAGAGCAGCGGAAUCCACCGCAGAGCUCUCUCCUCAAGACAACGACAACCACCACCACCAUCCUUGACAGAGGCAGCAGGACCGGCCUUAACACUGAGAACCGUCUGUACAGCAGGUUUGAGCCUUUCUGCUCAAUGGAGAAGAAACAUCCACUGCGCACCACACACAGCUUCGGGAGCUCUCAGGAGAAGGUCAAAGUCUUCCCAAGAGUAGAGUUUGCAACUGAACACCACCUCAACCGGGCUGGACGAGGGCCCCAUGAAAAUAAGCUUGAGAAAUUCUUUCAAAGAGUCGGGAACUUCAUACACAAGACCAAGUAG